AUGAACUUCAUAAUUUGUAAUAGUAAAAAGACAGCUGAUCGUCGAGCAUGACAUACAGCUCGUUGACGUUUGUGUGAUAAUCAGUAAACAUUUCUGUUUAAAGAAAGUGUUGGUGGAUUUUCUUUAAUAUUAAGGGUUUGUGAUGAUGGCGAAGCCAUCGUCUAUAAAUCCUUUGGGGUAUAUCAUAAAUAGACAAUUGGAUGGCUCAUUCGUAAUAAAAAAAAACUUGUUUAAAGAACGCCUCUCCUGUGCCAAGAACUUGUAUAGAAAAGAUCUUCUAGCCCAUUAUGGGUGUGUAAAUGCCAUAGAAUUUUCGGUUGAAGGGGAGCUUUUAAUUUCGGGUGGUGAUGAUAGACGUGUUUUAUUAUGGUGCAUGCUCGACGCAGUUCAUGGAAAAGGGGCCCCAGUGGCCAUGCAGACCACGCAUAUUAGUAACAUUUUUUGUUUGUCGUUCGAUUCCACUAAUUCGAAGAUUUUCUCGGGUGGAAAUGAUGAUCAAGUUAUUAUACAUGAUUCUAAUACGGGUCAGUUUCAUUUAAAACUUUUACAUAAAAAGCCUGUAUAUGGUUUAAGUGUAAAUCCACAGAACGAUUUUAUAGUUUCAACCGCUGGAGAUGACGGACGUAUUUUAAUUUUUGAUACGAGAGAAUCUAGCACCAAUAAUGCUGAUCCGUUUUGUGUUGCAAAGCAAAAGACUGGUUUCCAUUCUGUGAUGUUUCAUCCCGUCAAUCCUAGACUCUUAGCUAGUGCCAAUUCUGAAGAAGGUAUUGCAUUAUGGGAUACUCGAAAACCUAAAGAAUCAUUAAUCCAUUACGAUUCCUAUGCUGGUGAUGUAAGUGGUAUAAGUGUCUGUUUCAAUGGAUCUGGCUCUCGUCUUCUCGCUCUCCGACGUCGUUUACCUCCCGUUUUGUACGCCACUGAUCGCGAAAGCGCCAUAUGCCAAUUUUAUCAUCCACAAUAUUACAAUUCAUGCACUAUGAAGACGUGCUGUUUUGCUGGCCAGGAUGAUGAAUAUGUCCUCAGUGGUUCUGAUGAUUUUAACUUAUAUAUGUGGAGAGUGCCCCAGGACGACUCGGAAUGGGGCCCGUCCCAUUUGGUGCUUCGGGGACACCGAUCCAUCGUGAACCAGGUCCGUUACAACCGACAUAACAGCUUGAUUGCAUCGUCAGGUGUGGAAAAAAUGGUUAAGUUGUGGAGCACUCUUCCCGUAGGACAGUGGGAAGGUUCGCUUUUAAAAGAGCAUACGGACACGCCACGAUCUGUAUAUUCUCAUGACGAUUAUAUUUAUCUUGUAGGACACAGUGGACAGAGGAUAUCACAUGAUUAUAGUGAUCAAUCAACUCAGGAAGAUUCCAGGAUGAUGGCUUUCUUUGAUUCUCUUAUUCAAAGAGAAAUUGAGGGCUGGGAAUCCCCAAUCGAUUUGUCGAUAACUACAGAAAGCGAUAGUGAUGAUGAUGCUCAGAUUCAGUUACGUUCUUCUUGGCAAAGACUGAUAUAUAAUAGAAAGGCAGUUGAUGAGAAUAACCGGAAGCAAAAACCUAAUAGAAUAGCGCAGUUAAUAGCUCAAAAUAAAGAACGUCUGGCGAAAAUGGCGCACUACAAAUCGCCGAGUCUAGUGAACAGUUUAAUUGUUAGGAACAACACUAAACAAAAACGAAGGAAACGAAAACAUUCGAGUAAGUCAAAAGGUCACGCGAAAAGUAAUGGAAACCUUCGGAAAAAAACGAGUUCGAAAUCUGGUACUGCGAAAAGUACAUUUUCAGACAAUUGCGUUGUCACUACGGAACGAGAAACUCGUAAACAUAAAUUAGAAAACCACAGAGGUGGAGACGAGAGAUGGAGUACGAGAUCAAAAAGGCCUCGAACACGUCAAAACUAUAAAAAGUUUUAUGACACUGAUUCGUCAAAUAGUUGCAUCGAUGUUCCUAGUACCAGUACAGGGAUAACAGGUUCAAGUAAUUCCGUUUUUCGUGUAAUUGAACAGGACUCAGACGAAGACGUCACCUCAAAUCACUGCCUCGAAAGUCCCGCGAAUUCCGAAGAGAAUUUCGUCAAUAUAUUGCCAACACCUCUCAAUGGAACACACGAUUUGUGUCUCAAUUCUUUGGAUAUGACCAAUGGUACUGCCGACAUCCAUCAGGAACGCCAGCGGUCCACCGGAACUGCCAGAAGGAGAAAGGAAAGUAAUGAGGACGAUUUUUAUUUGGAUUCGUACGUAUGUGAAGAUAGUAGUGAUAGUAGUGAAUGUGAUUACGAUUAUACACCUGUAAAAAAGAACAGAGUGAAUAAUCCUAGAAAUCUGGGAACUCCCGAUAGUGGAUUUGCAACAGGUGCAUGUUCUAGUGGUUCAGGGUAUGCGGUUUCGAAGAAUAAUGUUCCAUGUUCGAGUCGGUCUUAUCGUAAUGGUCAUAGUUCAGAAGAUGGUCAGUAUCCAUACGAACAAUUUAAAAAGAGAGUGAAAAAAGCACGCAUGAAUAUGAGGAAAAAAGUGGGGGUCGAUUCAGAUUCGAAUUAAGGUUUUUGUUUUUGGAAUUGUUAAUGGUAAAAUUUGGAAAAAGGGCGCGAAUGUGUGCACGAGACUCAAUUUAAUUAAUUAAUGAUGUAGAUCGUGGACUUAUAUUUAAUAAUAAUAAUGAUUAUUAUAAUUGGUAAUUUCAUGGUUAAUUGAGGACCGUAAUUUGCUAAAAAAUAGUGUGGAUAGAACGAGAUAUUUUUUGAUGAAUUGUGUUAUACAAUUUUGUUAGGACUUUUUCGACUGACUGUAGUUAUGUACUUUGUUUAUUCGGGAAUUUACUCAACUGAAUGAUGAAAUUUGACAUUCAUUUAUGUUGUUGUUUGGAUAAACAUGUUGUGCUAUACCAAAUAAAGUUCGAACCAACGCAAAA